AUGUCCGACACCUGCAUUGUCUGUUUAGGAGACCUUGGCGAAAGCGCCAGUGAUCCCGCCGAGCCUCUGCCAAGACCCGAUCACCAAGAUGCUGCAACGGUCAAGGCUGAGGCCUGCGAUGAGGAGGAUCAGGGUCAGAUCGCCCAGCUGCUACCAUGUGGGCAUAUCUUGCACGAUAACUGUUUAAAGCCAUGGGUGGAGCGAGCAAAUAGCUGCCCGAUAUGUCGUCGCAGUUUCAAUAUGGUCGAGCUCAGCGACCGACCUGGAGGGCCUGUAACUUCUUCUUAUGCCGUUCAAGACCGGGUUCAGGUCGCCGAGGUUGACCCUGGCAUGAUCAUCGAAUAUGCUGAGGAAGACCUCGUUGACUUCCAGCCAUGUACAAUUUGCGGAGAGGCUGAUAAUGAGGACGUGCUGCUUCUGUGCGAUGGAUGCGAUGCUCCAUCGCAUCAAUAUUGCGUUGGCCUGGAGGAGAUUCCCUCGGGUUCAUGGUAUUGCUCACAAUGCGAAACCCAGCGGGCGCUUGGGACGACUCCUCGAGGCACAGCUCGAACUCCUCGGACAGCUGAGAGGAGGCCUCGUCGCACGCGGGCUCAGCAGCGACGACUGCAGAGCCACAAUCAAAUUAAUUCACUCCACUGGGCUCGUGUAUGGCAGUCCGUUUGGGAUCAUCUCAAUAUCGAUCUGGACUUUCCUUUUGACGAUGACCGAACUGCGCAACGCAUUAUGCAACAACGUCGUCGCGAAGAAGCCAACCAACGGGAAUUUAGAGCAUGGCAGCGUCGGUUCGAGGUCGCGGAACGCCAGGGGGGUAAUAAUCGCUUUCGUGAUACCGCCUCUCUUUUUGAUAUUGAACCCGCUCGGCCAUCAAGGCCCCGAAUUCCCAGAGAACCUUCACCAGAGCCUGAAUCUCUGGAAGAAAUGCGGGCCUGGAACGCCUUUGAACGCGCUCGAGAGAUCGAGAACAAUCCGAAUGCUGCUAGAAAACGGAAAGAGCCUACCCUUUCCCCAUCCCCGAACCCACCGAACCCGAACGGAAGUUGA